AUGGUACUUUUCGCUGUUCUGCUUCAGGUCUGCUUCUCUCGUCAGGACCUCUCCACGCACAACUCAACCACUCACAAACAGGAUCCGCGACCCUACCGCUGCGACCAAUGCGGACGCCAGUUCUCCACCUGUGCGUACCUCUCUCAGCAUCGGCGUAUCCACAGUGGCAUCAAGCCGUACGUUUGUCGGUAUUGUGACCGCAAGUUCACUCAACUCAGCCAUGUGCAACAGCACGAGCGAAUCCACACCGGCGAGAAGCCCUACAAAUGCGCCACCUGCUUCAAGAGCUUUACUCAGAUGUCGAAUCUACAGUCGCACCAGCGGCAACACAUGAAGGGUAAACCGCAUCGAUGCGAGAAUUGCUUUAUGUCCUACGACACAAAGGAGGAGCUAGACGUCCACGUUCAGGCAAAACAUUCGGGAAAUCGAUACGCCAAGGUGCUAGUGUGUCCUGCGUGCUCGAAAAGCUACAAUUCGGAGACCUACCUAGCCAAGCACAUGGAGCGUCACAAGGAAGCAGUCACUAACGCCAACGUGGGUCGCUUCGGCGCGUUGAACACGUCAGCUGGAGCUCUAGGAGCGCUCAGCGGAUUCAUGACGGGUCACCAUCCAGGCAUGGGAGGACGUUCGAUGGGCCCGGUGACAGAACAGAGCCUUCACGAGGAGCUGCAACAACGUAUUGGUCACCCUCAGGACCUCCAGAACCUCCAGAGGGCUGCCGUGGCCGCCGCAGCUUCCAUCAUGUCGCCGAUGGGUCCUGGAUCCGUCGGAGGUCUGGGAGGACAUGACACGAGUCAUCUACUCCACCACCUACCUUCGGGCUUGCAGGGUCAACUUGCUGUCGCGCAGAAAGGUCAUCAACAGGGCAUGCAUGGCGGUGAGACCCAUCCUGGAAAUCAUUCGACCCCCGGGUUCCCCGAUGCCUACCAACAGCACCAAAUGCUCGCAGCGAGCUCCCCCUACGCCAAUCAGAUGCCCUCAUUCCUAGGCCGCGGAGGCGGUGAACGACACAUGCCUCGAUUCCCGCCAACACCCCUCGACGCUGGACGAAAGAUGAUGGACUUCCAGCCGCCGGCUCCACCGAUGGCUCAUCAGCAGAUGUCGCUGGAGCACGCGGUGCUACCGCCUCCUCCGCAGUUCCAGUCCCCGCCUCCGCCACCGCAUCAACAGAUGAGACCGUUUGGCCAAUCACCGCAAAGUGGCAACAAGUCUGUGGAGGGAGGGAAGGGUGCUGAAGAGGGUGGAAAAGAAGUGAACUCCACUCACUGGGAGCAGGGUCCGAUUACGCCUGUUCCGCUGGACGGACAAGACGACGCCUCGGGGGUCAGCAUAACCGGCGAUGAGCCGGGCCCUCCCGGACUCUGGACUCCGCAUUCUUCAGCGAAACGCCUUAAGCCUGACCCCGAUGAGAGAACUGGAGGGUACCAUCAACAGCAGCAGCAGCAGCAGCAUCAGCAGCCCUUCGAGACGGAAUACCUUCGACGUUCGGCAAGCUCUGAACACCAAUACCAUGGUCAUCAACAGCCGCCACAACUGCCACCACAUCCUCUUCAAUUGCACCAGGCAGAGAAUUCGAUGGAACAUGUAGUAGACAAGUUGGCCAAGUUCUGGCAGCGCAGUUCAGCCAUUGGCGGAGCACAUAGCGCGGUUAGUGACGGUAGACCUGGACGCGACAUCAGAAUAGAGGCUCUACUGAGUGGCUUCCCGCAAAACACGCGUUCCACCUUGGAUCGAGAUUGUGCCGACGAGGAAGCUGAAAGAAUGCGUCACAUGUCGCAGUCCUCAAGUCGGUCUCACGAGAGAGACUUCCCGACUGACGGCCGGUCGAAUCGGCCGCCAUCAGUGGUCGCCAGGGUGGCGAAAGAUGGCAGCCAACGAGGCGAGAGUGGCGGUGGCACCUAUCCGCACCAAUCAGGAUUCGACGGUGGUGGUGGUGGUGGCGGCGAGGAUCGGGAACACGAGGGUGUUCCUCAAUCGACCUCUCCAUCGCCUUAUCGUCCGACAGGCGAAGCACGACCUUUCGCCUACUCUAACCCCGACAACUAUCCCGCCCCGAACGGAGGCAGUUUCUACGGCAACGACGGUGCCAAGGACGGAGGCUUGAGUGCUUACGAGUCGGCCCGAGACCUCUCCAUUAUGGGCGAGAAUUCGUCCAUCGGCGACCAAUCACAGCGACAGCAGCCCAACGAUGUCGGCUUCCCCGUGCGCUUCUCAUCGCAGGCACAGUAG